CGAGCGGAACGGCGCGGGGACGGACCGCUCUGCUCGGAGCGCUGAGCACCUGUGGGCGUGACCGCCGGCCCCCUCCUCCUCCUCCCGCUUCCCUUUACUUGAAGGGCCAGCGCUGCUGUAGCGGCAGAGCCUGAGAGCGGAGCGGGCGGUGCUCGGAGAGGAGGAGACCCGCCGCCGACCCUCCGCCUCAAGUGUCCCGGCCCAUCCCGCGCCUCCGCCCCGUCGAGCCACAGGACCGGUCGGGAGGGCAGCUCAGGCUGGACAGGCCGUGGGGGGACGGGGCUGUCCUCGCCCUGCGGGCGCUGGCCGGGGCGCGGAUCGCCCUCUCUGCGCGGAGCUGCCCGCCGAGCCCUGCGCGGCGGGCGGCGGUGGCGCCGGGCUGCCCUCGCCCCUCGGUGGCCCCCGCGGCCAUGCUGGCCUGGGCUGAGGGGCGGCCGCGCCCUGAGCCGGGGUCGCCGUAGAGCCGCGGGCGGGCGGGGGAGGCGCCGCGUUAGCACCGCCGGGGCCCGCGCUCCGCCUGCGGGGGCUGCCCCCGGGGAGGGCGAGGCAGGGGCAAGGACAGCAAGCGGAACAACUUCUGCGAAUUAAAAACAGAAAAGAAAAAAAUAAAUAAAAAAAAAAGAGGCUUGCUCGUGGGACAUCAUCGAAGCUCAGUACCACGCGAGGCAUCCCAACCGCAGUGAAAGCCUCCAUGCUAGUGCAUCCCACCACAGUGACAGGAGGGAGGCUGACAGUGGCCGCUGUUCCCAAGACCCGCUUGCAUUACCGUCGCCUUGGCUUUCUGGCUGGAAGAUGAUUCCUGCGACAGGACCAUGGUGCUGAUGAUGAACAGCAGAGUCGUUGGAAGAUGCCUUCCUUGAGGAUUACACGUGGAACAAGGCCAUCAGUCGAGGGGAGAGCUGGCUGGUGAAACUGUCUGACUUUCCCCGCGCUGGGGAAGUGGCUUCAAUGGCUCCAUCUCCCAGGAGAAGCAGUAGGAAAGAUGCCAGCGCCUUGCCAAGCAUGUCCUCAACUUUCUGGGCUAUCAUGAUCCUGGCUAGUCUCCUAAUCGCUUACUGCAGUCAACUGGCUGCAGGUACAUGUGAGAUUGUUACUUUGGACAGAGAUAGCAGUCAGCCCCGAAGGACUAUAGCCCGACAAACAGCUCGCUGUGCAUGUAAAAAAGGACAGAUUGCCGGUACAACAAGAGCAAGGCCAGCAUGUGUUGAUGGCUACUUUGAUGACCUUGGACAGGUGGACUUGGAUUCAUCUUCCUCAAUUCAGAUGACUGCAUCUCAGCUAACCAUCCUAAACUCCCCUACUCAUUGGAGACAAAUAGGCACUACUGGACUUGGUUCAUCAGAAUUGCUUUAGACAGCCAAUUUUAGAUGAGAAAAAUAUCUGAAGUUGCUCAAGAUAUAUUCCAUUCCCUUUGUUGCAUUACCCUUCUGGGAAAUGAAGGAGAUGAUGCUGUUCUGUAGCUGCCAUACUGACUUAAAAGGAAGGAUAAAUAAUAGCAAAAGGCGAUGAAAUUGGAUAGUCCAUCAACCCCAAAGAUUCUGAUUUAUCUGCCCCCAUAAAUGUGCAGCAAUGUGGACAAUGAGUCAAACAAGAAGGAAUAUACAGAAAUGGGAUGAGUAAUACAUGACUGUAGACUAUGAGAUUGAUCUGAAGUGUUGAUGCAUUCCAUGAAGCAUCGGAGGAUGGGAAAGCUGAAAACUAACACAAGGCAGAAUCAUCUCACCCAAUGAGGAUUAUUUUGAAUUAAAGAAAGUUUUUACAUAUGCAUAUACACCAUGCAAUAUGUAUAAUCUUAUUGCUUUUAUUAACAUGUGCUUAAACAAACCGGGUCACAAAGUUUUUGCUAUAGUAAAACUGUAGAACUGUACGGUGGCCAAAUUUUUGCCACUCAAGUAAGGCCUAACAAAGUGAGAGGAAUUGAAAGAAUAAGAAAAGAUGGGUUUUUUUCCCUUCUUUCUUUUUUCUCUACAAUUGAAAAAUAAACUGAGUGCUUAGUUAGCGUUGCGAAAACUGCCUUCUUGACAUUGAUUGACUGACUCCAUUGUAGCUGGUUGGUUAUAUUUCAUGACUUAAACUGAAGCUUCUCUGGAGAGUAUGUGAAUUAAGUCUGUAUAAGUAGUGAGCCAAAGGAUUAAAAUUUAAUAGAUAUUAUAUCUUUCCCAUGGAAAAGAAAUGUUUCUCCAGAUGCACUUGAAGAUAAAUGAAUAGUCUUUUUUAUUGUUGUUAGGAAAUUCAGAAAGUAGUUUAUCAGAUAUUUUCUUCACUAAGAGUGUGAGCAGGAGAAAAUUCAGUAAUAUGCAAUCAAAGGGUCAGAUUAGCAAAAACAGAAAUUGGACUAAUCUUGGUAGAAAAAAAAUAGCCUAAAGCCUAAAAUCAAAUAGUUCCUUAGCCUCUGCCAAUAGGAAUUUUCUCACUGAAUCAUAUGAAACCAAGCUUUUCUAUCUUGUUUUCUCAGAGAAUAAGCAAUGUCAGUUUAUUUCAUUUGUUGUCAUAGUCUACCAGAAUUUGUUUUGAACUACAGGUAUCAUUUGAACUAAGGCUCUUUGGUUUUUUUCCCUAUCCAACAACAUUGUAAUAAUUACUGUAUUUGAGUCUUUUAAGGUCUGCGUUGAUUACAUUGGUCAUACUACAUGAAUUUAAAUAAUCAGGUUUUGUGUUAUUAUUAGAGUUAAAAUAUUUUAAUUUUUUUCCACAUUAUAAAAUUCUUAGUGGGAUUUAGGAAAGACUAUACCCAUAAAAUUCUUUACUGCUAUCCCACAUGAAGAUGUGAUUACUUUAUUCCAUCAAAAUGAUAUUUUUACUCUAAAAGGAUAUACAAUACAAUGUUCUGAUGGUAUUUCCCUUUAGUAUUAUAUCUAGCAGCCUCUUAGCAUAAUUUCAUAAGUUAUACAGUUCCUGCAGUAAGUGUGAUUAUUCACUCAUCAUACUGUUCACUGUUCACUUAAGCAAAUAGCCUCUAGUCAUCAUUUUGAAAGUAGAUGUGAAGAAGAUUGCAUUUCCAUAAUUAAAAAUAAAAAUCAAAUCCCUCUUCUGUCUUCAUUUUUAAAUUGCUGCUGUCAAACUGUACAAAUUUACCAGAGAAAAAUGAUUGAAAUACCUAAAAAAAAUCAUUCAUAAUACUUAGUCUUGGAUGAAUAAUAAAAAAGGUAGAACAUUACAAAUUGUUAUUUCCUCAUUCUAAUUAGAUUAUACAAAUCCUCGAUGCUUUACAUGAGUAUAUUAUGGUAUGGCAGUCAUAAAUCCCUUGCAUUUUACCCUACUAAGCAUAUGGGGUUGUUAAUAGGUAGCUCAACAAUCAAUUUAAUCAUGCAAUUUCAUCUUUAAAAUUAAUAUAUAUUCAUGGUAACAACUUUUAAAAAUAGUAAUCAUCAGGAUAAUGCUCAUUUAAAUUCAGCUAGCUUCCAGUAUUUGUCUUGUCUUCUGUUAAGAUGGAGCCUGACUGUUUGGUAAUGCUUUUCUUUCUUGGAUCUACUUGUUACUGAGUUACAGAUUGAAAAUGCUUUUUCUUUGCAUAUUUUAUUUUACUCAUGAUAUUUUCUUUGACUUCCAAUUAACAUUUAUUCAACAUUUCAGAGCUCACUGAUAUGUCCUUUUAAAACAAUUGCAAGUUUAAUAGGGCACAGAGCUGACAUUUGUCUACAGAUCAAACCAAUUUCACAGGCAGAAUUUUUAUUUGAAUUUAUAUCGUCUGAUUGCAAUCAUCUUGUCUAUCUCUACACUUUAGCUUUAGGAAUUCUAUAGCAGAGACAAGAAAGUUCUGAUGCAUGUCUGUGUGUGUUUUUAUAGUUGAUGCAGCUUUAGGAACUACAUAUAUGCUUGAUCAUGUUUUCUUGAAUAGAAAGACAUCGUGAAUGAUAUCUCUAAAGCAAUGGGUAAUACAUGUUACCAUAGCUAUGCUAAGGUUAGUAAAGAUGUAGACAUUUAAGCCAGCUGCAAUUCUGGCCAAUAAGGAUAAUGAGCAAUCUUUUCUUUCAUGCUUUAUUGCUUAGUGCACAGGGAAGCAUCCAGCACUAGGAUUUAAUGUUGACUAUGGCAGCAGUGGCCUCAUGACUGAUAGAUAUGGUCAGUCACAAAUGGUCCCUCACUCACAAAUGCUGUUUCAUGCAUAGACUUUCAUCUGUUGACAUCUUCAAAAUUGAAAAGCUAGGUUUUAAUUAUAUUAAUUUAAUAUUAUGGUCCACAACCUCUACUUUAUUCCAUCAUACUUAUUGUAAAGACAUUUUAGGUUUUUAAUGUAAGGUGGAAUGUUUAUAAAAUAAUUUUUUGCUAUUUCAGAUAAGAAAGAUGUUUGAAAAUAAUACUAUAAAAUGAAAAAAAAAACACCUACAUGAAGAUUCCUGCAACAUAGCUACAAGUGUGCCAUAUAAUUUUCUUACCGCCUUUAAUUUUUGGUAAGGUGUAAUAUAAAUUUCCAUGAAACAAUUGUAAUAUAUAGAUAAUGACGUGCUCAAAGUACAAAUCUCACAAGCAUUUGAAGCAGAGAUAACAAUUAGUUUUAGGAGUCCAGCCUCAGAGAUCUCCAACUGGGGACCCAACUGCAAUAGCUUUGCCCACUGAGUAGACACUGGGAUAAUGAAUGCUUCAAAGAAAGUUGUUUCAGUGUGUUGAAUCCUGUGAUUUCUUUCAUAGUAGGCAGGGUAACAUUCAGGGUGGCUGUCUAUGAGCAUUUACUUACUCAAGUCUCAUAUAAAGCUACAUUCCAUGAAUACAAAAAUCAAUCUUAACUGAAUGGUGUUACUGGAUAUUCCAGUACUAUUUCCAUCUAAUCACCUAGGCAAAACCAGAAAUAAGAGGGCAGAUGCAUGAAGUAAGUAAUAAUGGCCUAGUUAUUUUAUUAUGUUGAUAUCAGUACAUUUCCCUGGAUAUUCUCAUGACAAGGUUGUACUAUUGAUAAACCACUCGAGAGGAAAACUUGUGUUCAUCUCAAAGCAUUUGGAUUCAUCAGUAAUAUAUGAUCACCAUUAAAUUACUCGUUUUGACUGACAUAUUUGAAAAGAGUGUCAAAAUGUAGGAAGAGGGAUAGCUGUAUAUCUAUUCAAAUUUUUCAUGUUCUUUCUGUCUACAUUAUUAAGCAAAUAUUAGAAAAU